UUCCUCACGCCGCACGCGCAUUUUUUAAUUGCCAGGGGAUAUUUUCAACACCGCGGCAGCUGGUUCAUUCUCAGCGAAGUGCUUUUGAUGUUUACUUACUUAUUAUUAUUUUACAAGAACGAUGUGAUGUGAGAACAUGCAGAUAUGUUGUUUAUAUUGCUGUGUGUAGAAGUAAUGUUAGCGUGCUGUUUGAGGGAGAAAAGUUUCACAGGCAUCGAGGGGUCUGGUCUUUUUUAUGUUAUUUGACUAAACUAUUAUUAUAUUACAGUAUUUAUUUAUUUUUUUAAAACGUAGGGUGCCUUAAAAAUAAUUAUCACAACACUGGGAAGGCUUAUUCAGAUUUUCUCAUUCUCUGAAUUAUCAUUACAAAAAUAAAAACAAUUCAGAAAUGAAUUAAAAUAUAAUUAUAUUUUAAAUGUGACACUUUUUUUUUUUUCCUACAAUAGCAACAGUGUUUACAACAGCAAGACCACUUUAGCCUGUAAACUCAAUAAUAUCUCUUUGGAAAUAAAUGUAAAAAUAUCAAUGUCAAUAUAAAAUGAUUAAUACCUGACCUGACAUCAAAGUGCAGUGUGAAGGAGAUGUGACCCUAGUAGAUUUCAGGAAAAGGUAUGAAAUGUCCUUUUGUGUUUGUGUGUGUGUUCUGCAGUGCAAAGAUGCCUCGCAAAGAAAGGAUAAAAAAAAAACAAAAAAAGAAGGAGCUGCUUGAGGCAGCAAAAGGCAGUGGAUCCAAAAAUGAUCCGCUGGCCAUGACUGCUCUUUUAUCCUGUCUAGAGGAGGUUAAAUCCUGGCUAUCUCAAAAUUUCUUUAUCCUUAAAUGAGGAGAAAACAGAAGUAAUUGUUUUUGGCCCUUCAGAAAAUACUAAAGCACUUAAUUUUGACCUUGGAUCCCUAUCGGAUUUUAGGUCUUCACAGGUACGUAAUCUGGGUGUUGUUUUAGAUGACUCACUAAAAGUUGAUAAACAAAUUUCCACCGUGAUCGGGUCCAGUUUUCCUCAGCUUUGUAUACUUGUAAAAAUUAAACAUUUCCUCACUGAUAAGACUCUGGAGAUGGCGGUGCAUGCUUUUAUUACGUCAUGUCUAGAUUCACACACAGCUCCAUUGGAGGCUAUGGAGGUCCCCUGUUGGAUAGGUAGACAUCAUCAGAGUUGCAGGUCCUCUCUUGGCAUGUUUUUUUUAAAAAUAAAAAAAAUGCUUAUUUGAAGUUAUAUUAUGAAAAAAGACCUUAAACGAAAAUUUUGUAUGUCAUUUUUGUUUCUUCAAAAUGGUCCCCUCUUGGCCAGAGCAGAGUGAUAGUCCCCUGUUAGUAAUAUAGGCGUGUAUGUGUGAGUUUUGUUUACAUUCGACAGCUGGGAAGGUGAGGACCAAUUGGACAGGUAAUGAAGUGAAGGCUGUGGAGCGGCACAUGAUUCAUUUCAUAACCAGUGGCUCUGCAGAACCAGUGGCUUUGAAAGACAGAGACUGGGUUGCAAUCAAAUACUACAUUCACAACAGAAUCAUAUCAAUGAAAAGGAAGAUGAAUAGAUAGAACUAGAAUGUAUAAAUACUCCUCAUGUUUCCAUAGUCUCUUGUCGAGUAUUGUGAUUGUUUACUGUAACCGCUGCUGGUGAGUUCUCUGACAAGUCUGUUCCAAGUCACGUCUGUUCAUGGUUCCUGCUUCAGGUCGGUUCAUGCUUCAGGUCAAGUCUGUUCUAGUCAAGUCAUCGUUUAUGUUGUAUCUGUUCACGUUUGGAAAUAAACUGCACAUGGGUUCAUCACUUCAACUUGCCUCCAGUGGACCUACGUUACAUUAUCCCCACCCUUCAGACACUAUUUUUUUUUCUUACUACUUCAGGAUCAUUAUCAUAAUGCAUUGUUUCAAGUAACUGACAUAAUUUCUUUCAUAGAAUAAGGUUUAAAAGUAUAUGUAAUCUAUACCCUCAGUGUCAACAAGCAAGUACUUAAAGGGAUUGUUACUUUCACACAUAUUACCCAGGUUUUCAGUGUUGCUUUGUUUUUGCACAAGUUGUUUAAUGUGCUCUUUCAGCUAUUGACAAAUCCUUAUGAGUGGGUGUUACUUUUAACAGGCCGUGUGUUAAAUUACAUUAAUAUAACUGGGAUGUACGUUCUGACAUUAUUAAACUGGUUAGCUGAACCCACUGUAAUGUUUCAGGCUGAAGCUUUAAUAAUGUAUUAAUAGUUGUCUUCUUUAUAGAAUGACACUAAAGAGAGUAGUUCAUUAAAGGACAAUUCUGGCACAAAAUGAACCUAGGGGCGAUGCAUUGAGAACUUUGUAAGUGUACAAACAGUUUAAUAAGAAGAUGCUUAAUAAAGACAGUAAAUUACACGUAUACAGGCAGGAGCCAUCUUGGAAAACAGUCUCGACCAGUCGAGCCACGAACGGCAUGCUAAGUGAGCUGGUCGAUAGGUUUAAGUCACAGGUCAUCUCACGUAGUACGGCGUUCGUGGCUCGACUGGUCGAGACUGUUUUCCAAGAUGGCUCCUGCCUGUGUAGUUUUUAUAUAUCUCUGAGCCACUCAGUUUUAUUAGAUUUUAUCAACCUGUAAAUGUGAAAAAGGUUUACUGAGCAUUGAGCAUGUCUGUUUUGUACACCGCUGCUUCUAAUGUAGAAAGAAAUUUCAAACAUUUAACAGCAACCAAAUUGCAAAUAUGCACCCUAUUUUAUUCAUUACUGAGUCUUUAUAAGUCAUUUAAAUCUGAAAAUUGAAUGUGUAUCUAUGGGCCUCACAAAUCACUUAAACAUGAAAUGAGUGUUUGUUGCUAUGACCUCAUAAGUCACAAAAACCCAAACAUGUCCUCACAAGUAGCAUCGAAAAUCAGGUCUGCCCAAAAUAUAGCCUUAGACAAAAUCUCAGCAGAUGGAUCUAUUCCUUGAAGCAUUGGUAGGAAAUUAUUUGAUAACCAGGUCUGUUGGACUUGGGAAAGGCAUGUCCUAAUAUUUCACGUUUUUUUCACAAGUCCCGAUAUAUCAUGAAAACAAGUGUAAGUGUGUGUGUGUCUUAAAUAGUGUGAGUGUGAUAUGGUGCAGGUGUAAUCAGUCCCAGGAAUGCGGGCCUAUGGGAGAUGGAGUCUGGAUAGGUGUAUGUCAAUAUUCAGGUGACGGCUCCCUCCGGCGGCCCGGAGGAUGCACCGGGGGAGCUGCAUUCGUGACAGUUAGCAAGUUAACCUUGUUUUUUUUUUUUUUUUUUUAAUGUUAAAUGAAAUGUUUUAACUGUCUUUAUGGGGACACCUUGUCUAAGUGGGGAUUGCAUUAUAUGCAUGAUACCUUCUAUUUGUCAUGUUUGACUGAUUACAGGUUGCCUUCCAAAACCACAUGGACACAGAUUCCAGCUCUGCAGAAGAUGGGAAUGUGUCCCACUCCAAUCACAAGUUUAAAAAACAAAUGCUUGGAUAUGAUUCUGAAGACUCACUAAGCAGCAUGGAAAUAACAGAGGAUGAAUAUGUGCCAGGGUCAGAUUGUGAAAGUGAGACCAGCUCAGAGGGAGGCAGUAUAUUAAAGAAAAAUGCUGCCACCAUGGCCAGUCCUGCUGUUAAAGAUGGAACAAGAAAAACAUACAAGGGACCUAGAAACCGGAACUCUGAAUCUGACACAUCUGGGGGAAGCUCCAUAACUUCACUUACAGUCAUGCACAGUCAAAAGACUGACGAUGGAUCUAGAAGAUACACCAAAAAACAUUACUGUCUCUUUUGUGAGAAACCACAAUCCAAAAUCGCCAGGCAUCUGGAACUUGUUCAUAAAGAUCAAUCUGAAGUCGCUAAGGCCAUUUCAUCUCCAAAGAACUCCAAGGAAAGAAAGAUCCAACUGACUAUACUAAGGAAACAGGGGGACAGAGCACACAAUGUAGAUGUCAUUACACAGGGAAAAGGUGUCAUUGUUCCAUGUAAACAAGCGAGUUCUCCAAAUGUCAAUCCAAAUAAAUUCUUACAUUGUGCAAAUUGCCAAGGACUUUUCAAAAAAAGAUUUCUUUGGAAACAUAUGAAAAGGUGCCCACUUCGAGGUGUUCUUCCAAAACCUGGUAGAACUCGAGCCCAAUCGAUUUGCGCCUUUGCGCAACCUGUGCAGGAAGGAGUUAGCAAGGGACUGUGGAAACUUCUCAGUGAUAUGAAACAAGGUGAAGUGGUAGAUGUCAUAAAGAGUGACCAUUGUAUUCUCAAGUAUGGCGAGCAGAAAUACAACAUCAUGGGACACCGGCGUUCUGAUCAUGAACUGAUCCGUCAGAAAAUGCGUGAGUUAGGGAGACUGGUUUUGAAAGGAAGGCAGGUGUCCCUUCUCAAAUCACUUGAGGAAUACAUUGAUCCAGCCAACUUCCAACACACAGUUAAUGCAGUUAAAGCUGUUACAGGGUUUCAGCGUGAGACAAAUAAGAUAGUGGUGCCAACGCUAGCCAAGAAACUUGGUCAGAGCCUCAUGAAGGUUGCCGACAUUGUAAGUUGUGAUGCAAGAAUCUGCGGUGACACAACAAAACUUCAAAAAGCAGAGGACUUCAAACACAUCUAUCAGACACGCUGGAGGGAGAUGAUCUCAUGUCAUGCUUACAAUACCCUGGAAGAAAAAAGGUACAACGCUCCACUGAUCUUGCCAUUUGCAGAUGAUGUCAAGAAACUCCAUAUAUAUUUAAAGGAGAAACAGCAAGAAUACUACAGCACACUUUUUAAUGCACCGAACACCAAGACCUGGGCAAAACUGGCUAAAGUCACUCUUGCACAAAUGAUCAUCUUCAACAGAAAAAGGCAAGGGGAAGCCUGUCUGAUGCCAGUACAAUCAUUUGAGUCUCGAGACAACUCUACUUUAAACAUUGAUAUUGCUGACUCUCUCUCAGAAGUUGAACGAGCACUAUGCAAGUACUUUAGUCGUGUAGAAAUCCGUGGAAAGCACGGAAGGAAAAUUGCAGUACUUUUGGCACCGGAAAUGAUCAAAUCCAUGGAGUUGCUGGUUAAAACGCGUGAAGUUUGCGGUGUUCCGAAGGAGAACAUCUACAUGUUUGCAAUCCCAGGCUGCGAGACAUCAUUUCGUGGAUCAGACUGCCUCCGCCGCUUUGCCAUGGAGUGUGGUGCUAAAUGUCCAAAAGCCCUAUCGUCCACCAAGUUGCGCAAACACAUCUCUACAAUGUCCAGAGUUCUUAACCUGAAUGACACCGAAAUGGACCAACUUGCUGAUUUCCUGGGACAUGAUAUUCGUAUCCACAGGAAAUAUUACAGAUUACCAGAGGGAACACUCCAGCUGGCAAAAAUCACCAAAGUCUUGAUGGCAAUGGAGCAGGGAAGGCUUAACGAAUUCAGAGGGAAAGGUCUUGACCAGAUCAACAUCAAUCCAACAGAGUGCGUUGAGCCUGAUGCUGGGAUGGAGAGUGAAACAGAACGGUCAGAUCAUUCUCAUGAUGUGACAUCAAGUGAGCCAGCAGGCACUUCAGGAGUGAAUAGCAGCAGGCCAGUAAACAAGAAUGAAGGAUCUCCAGAGAGGACACGGGAGGUCAUGAAAGUAACAUCAGUUCCUAGGAAGAGAAAGUGGAGUGAGGUGGAGAUUGCGGCUGUAGAAGACAAAAUGAUUAAAUUUAUUCACUCGGGAGUUACUCCUGGAAAAGUCGACUGCAUUGCAUGCAUUACAGCAGCCCCCAAAGCCCUCGGUGAACGAGACUGGCAGUCGGUAAAGUAUUAUGUAAAAAACAGAAUCACAGCAUAUGAGAGAAAGACCACUAAAAAGUAAGGUUGAUUUUGGUUGUUGAUUCUGUUUUUGCAUUUUAGUUGAAUUAUAUUACCUGUUUUUUUUUGUCUCAAUACCAUGGUUGGAAACAUUAUAAUGUGAUUUAAGUUUUGAAAGAGUUAAAACGGCUCGAUGUUGGUUGUAAAUUUGGUGCUAGUUUUACUGUACAGUAGCCAUACGACAGAGUGCCUAUAGUUUUCAAUGCCUUUAUUCAGGCCCCUUUACGUUUCACAUUUUUAAUUGUGUUGUGGAUUUAAUUUUAAAUUGAUUAAUUUAUUUUCUGAUGGCACAUUAGACGAAACACAUCAUAAAAAAAAUAUGUUGUAAUAUCUGGUGGCAAGCACGGAACCCAUACUGUACUGAUUAAAUUUGGCUGUAGAUUCAAUUUUCCUGGUGCGCUCUAUUUUGUAUCAAGGUCGUUUUUAUUUCUUUGGGAUUUUUUUAAUGACUUAAUGAUUCAAUUCUUAGAAACAGCAUUUCUAAGCAAGACAAAAAAACCUCUUAUUUUGACCAUUCCACUGAUAACGUUCUAGUGCAUGCAUUACAGAAGCCCGAAAGCCCUCAUUGAACAGGACUGGCAAGCGGUAAAGUAUUGUGUAAAAAACAGAAUCACAGCAUAUGAGAGAGACCGCUUCUGGGGAAUGCUGUAAUGCAUGCAAUACAACGUUAUCAGUGGAAUGGUCAAAAUAAGAGGUUUUUGGGCUAGCUUUGAAAUGUUCUUUCUGAGAAUUGAAUCAAGUCAUUAAGAAAAUAUCCCUUUGAAAUAGAAACGACAUUGAUACAAAAAGGAGUGCACCAGGAAAAUCUAAUCGACAGCAAAAUCUAAGCAGUACAGUAUGGGUUCCGUGCUUGCCACCAGAUUUUAUGUUGAUUUUAGUUAUGGAUUCUGUUUUUGCGUUUUAGUUGAAUUAUAUUAUCUGUUUUUUUUGUCUCAAUACCAUGGUUGGAAACAUUAUAGUGUAAUUUAAGUUUUGAAAGAGUUAAAACGGCUCGAUGUUGGUUGUAAAUUUGGUGCUAGUUUUACUGUACAGUAGCCAUACGACAGAGUGCCUAUAGUUUUCAAUGCCUUUAUUCAGGCCCCUUUAUGUUUCACAUUUUUAAUUGUGUUGUGGAUUUAAUUUUAAAUUGAUUAAUUUAUUUUCUGAUGGCACAUUAGACGAAACACAUCAUAAAAAAAAUAUGUUGUAAUAUCUGGUGGCAAGCACGGAACCCAUACUGUACUGAUUAAAUUUGGCUGUAGAUUCAA